CAGGAAGAGGAAACGUCCCCAACGCCCACCAGGUGCCCCAAACCAUUCAGCACCGCGGACAGCUCUCAAAGGGUUUUUGGGUUUCGCCAGGGAGAAAUGCGCUGGGAGGGACUCCCAAGCUUCCCGCGGUUCCAGCCACUCGACCAGCCAUGUCUCUCAGCGGAGCCUCUGAGCGCAGCGUCCCGGCCACCAAGAUUGAAAUUACCGUGUCCUGCCGGAAUCUGCUGGACCUCGACACCUUCUCCAAGUCCGAUCCCAUGGUGGUGCUUUACACGCAGAGCCGGGCGAGCCAGGAAUGGCGAGAGUUCGGACGGACAGAGGUGAUCGACAACACGUUAAACCCAGACUUCGUGCGCAAAUUCGUCCUCGACUACUUCUUUGAGGAAAAACAAAAUCUGCGCUUUGAUGUGUACAAUGUUGACUCCAAAACCAACAUCUCCAAAACGAAGGAUUUCCUUGGACAAGCGUUCCUGGCUCUGGGAGAGGUGAUCGGAGGCCAGGGCAGCCGUGUAGAGCGACCCCUCACGGGUGUACCAGGCAAGAAGUGUGGGACCAUAUUGCUGACUGCAGAGGAGCUUAGCAAUUGUCGGGACAUUGCCACCAUGCAGCUGUGUGCAAACAAGCUGGACAAGAAGGAUUUCUUUGGGAAAUCAGAUCCCUUCCUUGUGUUCUAUAGGAGCAAUGAGGAUGGCACGUUCACCAUCUGCCACAAGACGGAGGUUGUGAAAAACACACUGAAUCCUGUGUGGCAACCCUUCAGCAUCCCUGUGCGGGCACUGUGCAAUGGAGACUAUGACAGAACAGUGAAGAUUGAUGUGUAUGACUGGGACCGGGAUGGAAGCCAUGACUUCAUUGGUGAGUUCACCACCAGCUACCGGGAGCUGAGCAAGGCCCAGAACCAGUUCACAGUGUAUGAGGUACUUAACCCUCGGAAGAAAUGUAAGAAGAAGAAAUAUGUCAACUCAGGAACUGUGACGCUGCUCUCCUUCUCUGUGGACUCUGAAUUCACUUUUGUUGAUUACAUCAAGGGAGGGACACAGCUGAACUUCACAGUUGCCAUUGACUUCACAGCUUCUAAUGGGAAUCCUCUGCAGCCCACCUCCCUGCACUACAUGAGUCCCUACCAACUCAGCGCCUACGCCAUGGCCCUCAAGGCAGUGGGAGAAAUCAUCCAGGACUAUGACAGUGACAAGCUCUUCCCAGCCUAUGGCUUUGGAGCCAAGCUGCCUCCAGAAGGACGGAUCUCCCACCAGUUCCCCCUGAACAACAAUGAUGAGGACCCCAACUGUGCAGGCAUUGAGGGCGUGCUGGAGAGCUACUUCCAGAGCCUGCGCACAGUCCAGCUCUAUGGGCCCACCUACUUUGCUCCUGUCAUCAACCAGGUAGCCAGGGCUGCAGCCAAGAUCUCUGAUGGUUCCCAGUACUACGUUCUGCUCAUCAUCACUGACGGGGUCAUCUCUGACAUGACGCAGACCAAGGAGGCCAUUGUCAGUGCCUCCUCACUGCCCAUGUCUAUCAUUAUUGUUGGUGUGGGACCAGCCAUGUUUGAAGCAAUGGAAGAGCUGGAUGGUGAUGACGUGCGCGUGUCCUCUAGGGGACGCUAUGCAGAGCGGGACAUCGUUCAGUUUGUCCCCUUCCGAGACUAUGUUGACCGGUCCGGAAACCAGGUGCUGAGUAUGGCCCGACUAGCCAAGGACGUGCUGGCCGAAAUCCCAGAGCAGCUGCUGUCCUAUAUGCGCACCAGGGAUAUCCAGCCUCGCCCUCCACCUCCUGCCAACUCCAGCCCAACCCCAGCUCCAGAACAGCCCUGAGGAGCCCACUUACUCAAUAACUAGCAGUCUGCCUGCCUGCCCACCCACUGCUUUUGCUGAAAGCCAGAGGCACUUGGAGCCCUGGACCUCAGUGAGUCUAGCUUGGGGGAUCAGUGCUGGCUGGUUGAGCCCUCUGCCCCCUCACCCACAAAAGGGCCUGGCACUAUCACCACCUCCCUGCCUUCAUGCCAAUAAUAAAGCUGAUCUUUACUCCA